CGAGUGGCGUCCUCUGAAGACUGCACUUCCAGGCCGUAGAGGCAAGAGAAAGGUCUGCUGCCGUGCCGUGCACCGAGAGGAAAGGAUUGUUCAUUGCUUGCUUGGACGAAACGGCCAACGAUGGCGGGCGAGUUGCGAGUCCUCAGUCUGAAUUGCUGGGGCCUCCCGCAGCCCCUAUCAAAGGCCAAGCAAGUGCGCAUGCGAGCGAUCGCCGCCCGUCUUGCGUUGUCAUUCUACGACAUUGUCGGUCUGCAAGAGCUUUGGGUCUCCUCGAUCGAUUAUGUAGAAUUCAAGAGCGCUUUGUCCGUCCGUUUCCCGUACUCCAAAUUCUUCUACGGCGGCAGCUUCGGGAUGGGGCUCGCCAUCUUUAGCCGCUUUCCCAUUGUCGAGACACAGAGUCGCAGCUAUACGUACAACGGCUGGCCUGUUGCCGUCGCACACGGCGACUGGAUUGUCGGCAAAGGUGCUGGCUGCGCGACCAUCAGCGUGCAGUCCUCGCCAGAAGGAAGCAUCGAAGACGGGUUUCUGCUCGAUGUGUGGGUCACGCACACCGUCGCAGCCGGCGGUGAAGAUGGUCCGGAGCAUGCGCGCUGUCCACGCAUCACGCAGACGUACGAGCUGGCACAUUGGGCACGCGAGAGCGCCGAGCGCGGGAGACACGUCAUCGCUCUGGGUGACUUUAACUGCACGCCGCCAUCGCUGUCGACGGGCAUGAUGCGGCACAUUGGCCAAUUCAGCGACGCGUUCCUCGAAACUCACCCCUCCUUGCCGCCCAACGCUACGACGCUACCAUCCGACUCGGGCGCAGAGAGCAGUUCCCAGUUGCAUAUACAGAUGCAACGUCAGCAGCAGCCCGAUCCCCAGCGGGCCAUCGACGAAUUGGGCGUCACGUGCGAUUCGCCGCUGUGCACUUGGACAGCGGGUAAGAAGCUCGACGCGCGAGCGCAGCAGGGCGCAGGGAAGCGGCUCGACUAUAUUUAUUACACCGGUCCUCGCCGUGGCGAGGGUAUGUACAAUCGUAGACAGGCAGCCGCGCAUGGCCGACUCAAGGCGCGCGAAUGCCAGGUGUGCUUCACCGAGCCCAUCCCCGGGCACGGCUUUUCAUAUACAGAUCACUUCGGAGUCGAGGCCGUCUUUGACAUUGCAUCAGAGUCGGCGCAGCCUUCCUCGGCGUUUUCAUCGUGCAUGACAGCGUCACAAUCCACUGCGAUCCGAACGCUCGAGUUGUCCAUAAACGCUUUGACGAUGGGCCAGAGACAAGCAGGCAAGCAGCAGCGCACGCAGCUCACCGGAUUCUUUGUCAUCCUCAUCAUCGCUGUUGCCCUCGUCAUCGGGAGCGGUUUCCAGUCCGUGAAAGGCGUUGGUGUCGUGUUCACGUUCCUCAGCGUCGUAGCUGGCUGGGGCGCGACGACAUUGUUGUACAGCGGGCUCAUUUGGGGCGAGUGGGAGAAACGUAUAUACACGACCUUCCGCGAGUCGAUGGCGCUCGAACUGGCGCAUCUUCAACAGCCGCCGUCGCCGCCCUUGGGACCGGCGCGAAAUGACAGUGUCACUAUCGCGGAUGUGUCAUUGAUCUGACAUAGACCUCGCCUGAAUACGGAGCAGGGGAUAGGAUACCGAAUCUUUUUUGAAAAGUGCAUGCUCAUAGCAUAUCAAGGCAUUCCACAUGCCCCUUGGCUGAUUAUUGUUGCGCGUCGAACAAGAGCUGGCUGGUGGCGAGGCACAAGUUGACCUCGUCCGCCAUGGGAAUGACCCUGCAAGGCUCGGUCAGGGAAGCGAUCGACAAAGAGGUCUGCCAAGCUACUCACAUGUCCCAGUAUUUGGAUAGCUCU